AACGUUCCAGUAUCGUCAUUGAAUAUUAUUUACAAUCAUGAUAAUUUUCACGUUUCUUCUGUUGAACGUAGUUUCGAUAAAUGCAUAUUUAGAGAGCGAUUUGCUCUCCCGAAAUGUGUUGGUCAGUCUCGGCGGAUCUUUCCUCAAUCGAUAUGAAGCGGUGCAGAUGCCGGAAAAUAACAUCUCUUCGUGCACGCUGAUGUACUCAGUGGAAAGUAAUGAAAAUCUUUAUUUUCCCAUAGAUAUUAUGUCCGAAAAGACGGUGACCGGUGAUCACAUUUUCGAAAAUCGUCUGUACAGUCUUGGAAGAGGAAUAUGCGGGGUGAGAUUGAUGGACGUGCAGGCGUCGGAUGAAAGGAGACGGAUUUAUUUGAAUGCAGACAUCGAUGACUUUAAAAAUUCCAAAUAUUUUACCAUAAAAAUACAAAAUUUGGAUUUAGACGAUAAAACGCUUAUGGUAGCUUUGGGUGAAACAUUUCCUAUUAGUUUAGGUGAUGAUGGCCUGAAGCAGUUGUACGAUCCAAACGGUGAACUCGUUGUAGAAACUGAAGAUUCAGAAUACAACAUAUCGGUGGUUCGGAUGGAGCACGUCGGUCAAUGGACCCUCAAGACUUUCUCAAUAUACAAUCCAAAACCUUUUAGCUCCAAUGUAACGCUUAAAUUGAAACAUGGAUUAUCUGUGGAUUCGUGGUACAUGAAGGAUAAAGGCUACGGACACGUUGGCUGCAAACUGAACAACUUUCCGAAGAAAGACAUCAAGUAUUGCCAAAUGUUGUCGCCGGAUAAUGUUCUGUACACGAUUUCAUUGCACACGGCGACGGAGAGGUACACCACGGUCGGCACUCAGCUAGAUCAAGACGAUCCAAUUUGUCAGAUCGAAUUUCCUUUACCUGCGACUGAACAGGAAAUCGGCACAUGGAAAUGCACGAUGCUCGAUUACGGCAACUUCAUCGACGUUGAACAGAAGACACCUCAACAACAUUCCAAUGAGCAAAUUCAGUACAUCGAGAACGAUAAGUUGGAAAUUUCCUGCACCGUUCCCUAUCUGAUCGAAGCGUGCCACAUCGAAUCGCCGUCCGGAAGAAUCUUCAACAUCGUCGACACAAAGUUGACAAACGGAAUUUGUUUCAUGGAUAUGGACGAAGUGGAAUUGGGCACUUGGACUUGCCGCAUCUCCAAACCGAGGACGAGCGAAAAUCAGAUAAUCAAAGUGCACGUCAAAUCUAUUUCGAAGGAAGCGUCGAUCAGCUACGAUCAGGAUGGUGCGAGGAGGAACCAUCCGUACAACAUUAUGUGCAACGCGGAGUAUCCGUUGAAUUACUGUUGGUUCGUUUCGCCCAGCGGCAAGACUUACCACGCGACGUCCGAGAAAAACGGGAAAGAGUUGGUGUACUUCGGAAGAGGUCUGUUGCACGGGGACUGCGGUAUCACCAUCAUAAACGUGAACGAUGAACACGCCGGUGAAUGGAGUUGCCACAUGCGGAAGAUCAAUGAGAACGAUGAAUUAAUCUUGAAGGCAGACGUUUCGGUCCAGGGUGAAGACAUGGACAUGGUCAGCUCGGUGGGAGCACCGAUUGGUAUAGCUUUAGCUUUGUGCUUCUUCGUCGGACUCAUCGGUUACGGACUGUACAAGAAACGACAGUAUCCUUCGAUCGACGAUCAGACUGAGUUCAGGAUGGACAGUACCAUGCAUAUUUCGAAUGCCAACAAUUACACCAACAACGGUACAUUCGAUUAAUAUCAAUAAUCAUAAUCCAAUGGAACGCAAUAUCUUUAUCUCAAUGAAAUAAUCAUCCUGCAAUCAAAUGAGAGAUGAAUGUAUAAAAUAAAAAUAAUAUUUAAUCUCCGUCCAAUUAGAAUGUUUAUGAAAA